CGCCCCUCAGGGGGCGGCGGCAACAUGGCCGCGCUGGCGCCGGCGCUGGCGGCGGCGGCGGGCCGGCUGCAGAAUGAGAGCUGUUCCAGUACUGCAGGUGCUGGCCGACAGGUUCAGAGCUGGAAGACCAAAACUGAACGAGCUAAGAAAGUUGAAUUCAUAAGAACUGCAGAAAAACUAAAAGCUCAGCUUGCAAAUAUAGAAAAAGAAAAAACUGGACACCUUUAUAAUAGGAAGAAUGAUUUCAGGGUAGAAUACAGAUUGCUAGAGGAACUGGAACACAGCAUGACUGUCAGCAGGAAAAUGGAGAAAGCUAAAAUCCUGCAGCAGCUAUCAAAAAUACAAAACAAUGUGAAGAAACUUCAGCAGGAAUUGAAAGAUGUGAAGCCUACACCAGAGUUUGUUGGCAAGAUCAAGGAAAUUAUGGAAGAAAUUGAAAAUGCAAUCAAUGCUUUUAAAGAGGAACAGAGGCAAAUAUAUCAACAGCUUUUGAAAGAGGAAAAAGCUGUCAUUAAUGAGCUCAGUCUCUUUGAGAGAAAAGUGGAACUGUGGGCAUUAGGGAACUCAGCAGCAGAAAAAGUUUGGAAAUUACCAUCAGCCAGGAUCACAGUUGCUAAAACACUGGAAAAUCAUCUACCCAAAGAAGUAAUAGAGUUUGAGAGAUUUCUUCAGCGAACAGGGGGGCGGCAAGGAGGCUGGGAUGAUUAUGAUCAUCAAAAUUUUCUGAAAAUACGGACAAAAUAUAGAGGAAGGCUAUCUUACAUGGAUGAAGCCCUUAAGCGUCUCAGUGGAAAAACAAAAGAAGAUAUACAACAGCAUGACAAAUGGUAUCAGGAAUAUGUAAUUUUACAUGAAAGAAAGAAAGAGUCAAUUAAAAAGUGGAAAGAAAAGCAGCAGCAAGAAAAAGAAAGAAACUUCAAGGAGAAAGAGAAAUCAGAAAAAAUGCUCAAGGAAAGAUGGCUACAGCAUGAAGAAGCUCAAAAGCAAAAAGCAGAAGAAGAAAGAAAAAGAAAACAAGCCACAGUUGAAGCCUGGAAGAAGCAGAAAGUAGUAGCAUUUGCAAUAGAUCAAGCAUCACAACUCAAACUAGAAGAGAAAACAAAAAAGCAACAAAUGGAGUGCCAAAGCCAUGUGAAGUUACUGUUGGAAAGGAAUACCUUGCAAAAAAAAGUAAAGGAGGAACUUGAAAAGUUUGAAAAUGAGAAGAAAGAGGAAGCUGAAAAGGAGGGAAGGAAGAAAAUUGCUGCAGGAGAAAUUUCUAAGUUUCAAGAACAUGAUCUACAUAAACUGGAGCUAAGCAUUUUACAGAAACAUGCUAAAGAGAUAGAGAAACAAGAAAGAAAAAAGAGAUUGGCAAAGUUAAGAGAGAAGGUCGAGGUUCGUGUCACCAAAGACCGAUCCACGUUGAACCGACCUUCCAAGGGCUGGGAGGAACGGAGGCAAGAGAUGGCACCAGCAGCUGCAGGACCGCUGCUGCGCGUUUCUCAGAGGUUGACAAUUGCAUUUUUCGCACUCUCUGGUCUGGAUAUGUUGGAUUCCUUAGAUGUGGUGAACAAAGAUGAUAUAAUAGAAUGGAUUUAUUCCCUGCAGGUCCUUCCCACAGAAGACAGAUCAAAUAUGAAUCGCUGUGGAUUCAGAGGUUCUUCAUAUUUAGGGAUGCCAUUCAAUCCCUCCAAGGGUCCAGGUAUAUCUCAUCCCUAUGAUAGUGGGCACAUAGCAAUGACUUACACAGGACUAUCAUGUCUGGUUAUUCUUGGAGAUGAUUUAAGUCGAGUAAAUAAAGAUGCUAUACUGGCAGGACUCAGAGCUCUCCAGCUGGAGGAUGGAAGUUUCUGUGCAGUGCUGGAAGGAAGUGAGAAUGAUAUGAGGUUUGUGUACUGUGCUUCCUGUAUCUGCUACAUGCUCGAUAACUGGUCAGGCAUGGAUAUGAAGAAAGCAAUAGACUACAUUAGAAGAAGUAUGUCUUAUGAUAAUGGCCUGGCACAGGGAGCUGGACUGGAAUCCCAUGGUGGUUCUACUUUUUGUGGUAUUGCAUCACUGUGUUUGAUGGGCAAACUGGAGGAAGUUUUUUCAGAAAAAGAACUGAACAGAAUAAGAAGAUGGUGUAUAAUGAGGCAACAGAAUGGCUACCAUGGACGACCCAACAAGCCUGUAGACACUUGCUAUUCUUUCUGGGUGGGAGCAACAUUGAAGCUCUUGAACAUAUUUCAAUAUACAAAUUUUGAGAAAAACCGAAAUUACAUCCUGUCAACUCAAGAUCGCCUUGUUGGUGGAUUUGCCAAGUGGCCAGACAGCCAUCCAGAUGCUUUACAUGCCUACUUUGGGAUCUGUGGUUUGUCAUUAAUUGGAGAAUCUGGUAUUUGCAAAGUUCAUCCUGCCCUAAAUGUAAGCACAAGAGCAUCAGAGCGUCUUCACCACCUUCAUCAGAUCUGGAAAACACGGACUUUAAACAGCGUUCAGAUGACACACACCUCUCUACGUGACUGAUUUAGACUUGAAUUUAGUUCUGGUAGCAUAACUGUAGCCCAGGGUUAAAAGCCAUGUAUAACCAAUGUGCUCUUUUAAGUGCAGGAAUCAUACAAUCAGAUGUGUGUUGCUGGCAUCACUUUGAUAGGGAGUUGCCUUCAGCAGGUUAUUCUGCAUUGUGAAAUGGGGAAUAUUUUGAUUAUAUAGAAGUUUGUCACCACAGACUGUAAAUGGCUUUUCAGAUGGCUUUACUUCUGAGAAAUCCCUUGAGGCAUUUAAACUUCAUUUUGAUUUUAUUUUUUUAAAUUUGUGCAUACUGUGUCAAAAUAUAUAAUGGGGAAGUAUUUUCAAAAUUGUUUACAUAUCAUACAGUAUAGCACAGAAUGUUGAAGUUCUUUAUAAUCUUACUGUUUGACAUAUUUUUGAGUAGAGAAUCUCCCAUAUUAAGUCUCAGUUAAAAAUUACCUAUUAUCAUCAACUUUCAGAUUCCAUAAACUUUGUUUUUCACAAACAAAUUAAUUAAAUACAAAUAAAAUUAUUUUAUUCAAUAUACUGGA